GGAAACAUGUCUCCAAGUUUUGUCUUUAUAAGAUCGUGUGUUAGUGAAAUUAUGAGUUCGGUGAUAAACUUUGAAUGGAUGUAAAGUGAUUUAUGGAAGUGGAAACAAUUUAAAUAGAACUGAAAAGUGAAAAUCGUGUAUCGACGCUGUGAAUAGAACACCCACAAAAUGUCCACAGCCAGCCUCGUAUUGAUGUCAACAUGCGUACUCUUACUGACUUGCACUCACGCUAAAAUCGGUUACUUCUGGCACAUAACAGACUUCCACUACGAUCCAUUAUACUCACCGCAAGGAGACACGAGGAAGCAUUGCCACCGAACAGAUGACCGUGGCAGUUCAGGGCAUCACCGCUCGCUGGGUCGCUUUGGGGACUACGCCUGCGACAGUCCCUUAGAACUAAUCGCAUCCGCUCUCCGGUAUAUGCGCACGAGGCAUUCUGAGAAUGUCGAGUUUGUUUUGUGGACCGGGGGUAUAAUUGCUUCCAAGUACAGUGGUAAAGACGUCGAUAGGUACCAGGCAAUCAGAAAUAUGACGGAGUUACUUCGAAUGACAUUUAGCUCUCACUUCGUUUUCCCGGUACUGGGAUACACAGACCCGGCGCCAUCGGAAACGUUAACUAAUUUAUGGAGCCAUUGGUUGCCUCUGGAAGCCUUGCAAACAUUAAAAAAUGGGGGAUACUAUACAAUAGAGCAGACACAAAGCAAGUUACGGAUCGUGGCUCUAAACACAAAUUUGUUUACGGUCCGUGAGCAGAACACUGUCCACGCGCGCCGCCAAUGGGAAUGGCUGGAUUCUGUUCUCGAGAAAGCUAUCGCUAACAAAGAAAUGGUUUACAUAGUAGGACAUGCGGCGCCUGGAUCAGAUUCUAGGUACAACAGUAUAUCUGCUGAAGCCAAUGAGAAAUACCUCCGCACUAUACGGCAAUAUGCGCGAAUCAUCGCUGGUCAAUUCUUUGGCCACUUGCAUGCUGACACUUUCCGGGUUAUUUAUGAUAAAGAACAACCCGUAUCCUGGGCUUUGUUAGCUCCAUCCAUUAGCCCGCACCGUGAACAAGGAGGUUCAACGAAUCCAGGUCUACGACUUUACAAGUUUGACACAGACAGCGGGAAGGUGUUAGAUUACACGCAGUUCUAUUUGGACCUUGUGUCUGCGAACCGAGCGGAUUCAGGCGCGGAGUGGGUAGCGGAAUAUAAUCUCACCCAGUACUAUGGACUCCGCGAUGUGUCCGCAGAAUCGCUUCACGGAUUGGCUGAGAAAUUGCGAACUAAUACGCCACAUGAUGCCACUUUCUUUAGCAGGUACCUCCGUGCUUACAACGUGAAAUAUGAGUACGCAGAUAUAUGCGAUGGAGCUUGCGCACACCAACAUUACUGCGCGAUAACUUGUCUCGAACACCUAGCCUACCAACAGUGCGUUGAGGCCACGGCAAGUGCGCUCGCUGCCUCUGGCCGAUCCGCUACACUCAUCGCUCCGCUUGUGACCAUAAUACUCACCUUCAUAGCCAGUUUUAUAGUGAUGUAAAUUUUUAAACAAUGAAAGACUUGAAAUAGCGAUAAGUUACUGUGUUCUAAGAGUUUUGAAUAUAGGUUUAUUUUGUACUGCUUAAGAUAUGAGGCAUGUAGUAGGUUUAGGUUUAAUAAUGUUUCGUUUAUUAUGAUCUACUACUUCAUUUCAAUAUGUAUUAAAUACUAAUUGUAAUAUAAUUGUUUCUUGCUCAUUGUCGUCAUGUCUCUUAUUAAAUAUUAUUUAUAUAUUAAUCUAGUCAAUUUUUAAAUUAGUUAUAAUCUAAGACGCCAGAAUUCACUAUAUAAUAAAUACGUUUCAGACGCAUUUCAUUACAUACGAACUGUAACCGAUGUUUACAAUGAAAGUAAUUUUUUAUGAAUUAUAGUAGUUAUAUUUCUUAUCUCAGAAUUUAGUAUUAAUUAGAAUAAACGAAAAAUUAAGCAAAUAUAUAACUAAUGUAAAGGCGUUAACGCCAUUAAGGUUAAUAAUUUAAGUGUAAAUAGUAUUUGAUUAGUAAUUGUUAUACUCUUUUUAAAAUCUAAUACUGGCGUUAAACCAAAACAUUCUUUGAGGGGAAUUGAAAAAAUCAAAGAAAGUGUUCAUUUCGUCAACAAUGUAAUAAAUUGUCAGUAAUAAAAUAUGAUUUUUAUAUUAAGCUCUGGGAUAUAAUUUUAUAAUACAAAAAGUUUAAAUAAGAACAGAAAAAUAUAUAAGUCUACGCUCAUUUGAUGCAAGGAGAUUAUUGAAUUUUUGUACCGAUUAUUUUAAAAUAAUAAAUAAAAUGUAAAUAGCUUAAAUUAUAAUCAAUACUUUUGGAAAUUGUAAACGAGGAACAACUAGGAUAUAAGUAUUGUAAUUUGCUUGAUAAUGUUACAGAAUAUUCCAUAAAUGGAGAUGUUUAUAAUUUCGCGCCUUUAAAGCAGCAUUGAAAUCAUUAAAUGUAGAACAGUGUUCCCGUUGUCGAAAAUUGAUGUUUA